UCCAUUCCGGAUCCAUGGAAGGCGUGACGCUGCUCAGCUCCCGGGUGAGCCACUUUUCUCUGCGAGUGAAGAUUGCAUUGCUACUCAAAGGCAUCGAGCACGACGAUCUUCCCCAGGACCUGAGGAACAAGGGCCAGCUCCUGCUCGAAUCCAAUCCAAUCCACAAGAAGGUCCCGGUUCUCAUCCACAAUGGGAAGCCCAUUGUGGAAUCGGUCAUUAUUGUUCAGUACAUCGACGAGGUCUGGCGCGGAGAAUCUCCACUGCUGCCUCCGGACGCUUCCCUCCGCGCAGAGUAUCGCUUCUGGACCGAUUUCAUCGACAAGAAGCUUCUGGAUUGCUUGAUGCGAUUCAUGCGUGGAGACGCCAAGAACGAGGAGUUUAUCGAGAACUGCGAGCUUCUCGAGGGAGCAUUCACGAAGCUGGGCAAUGAGGAAGAAGGCCCAUUCUUUGGCGGAGCGAGAAUGUCGUUCUUGGAUGUGAUGCUCGCCCCCUACGCGGUGUGGAUCCCAGGGAUUGUGGGCGUGAUGGGCUUGAAGCCCGCGAGCCAGGAGCAGUGCCCGCGUCUCCACAACUUCUUCCAGUCCGUACUCGCGCAUCCCGCUGCCAAGCUCGCGCUGCCCACAGUCGAGGCGCUCAAAGAGUUUCUCGUGGCUCGCUCCGCGGUGUACAGAGGAAAGUGAUAGAGAGAGAAAAAGGAUAUGCUUAAUUUUAUUAGAAUAUUCUUUUACGUGGUAGAGUAUAUACGUAUCUCUUGUUGCCUUCUCGGAAAUUCACAUAUGAAACAAGCCCACUCUUGCC